AUGAUCGUUUUCGCCUACUAUUUUUUGCUGAUUUCCUUCGUUCUUGCGCAAGUUCCAUUAUACCUUCGAACCCCUGCCAUUCCUACCUAUGCCGUACCACAAGGACAACUGCAAUGUGCUGAGCAAUGUAUGCCAUCCUGCUUACCAACCUGCCUUCUAGCAAGGCAAGAGCCGGUUGAGAUUGCUCCACCAGUUCCAGAAGUUGCGGCUUCUCCAUCUCCUUUAGUGAUUUCCUCAUCUGUUGUCACCGGACCAUUAGUUCCAUCGAUUUAUCAACCAUACGGGCCUCCUCUUUACUAUCCAAUAGCUGCUAAUGUACCAGUUCAGUGUGUUGCUUCAUGCAUGCCAACAUGUGCUCCAAGCUGUGUUGCUCCGGCCCAAGCUCCACAAGAAGACGAGCUUCCAACUCCUCCACCUGAAGAACUGCCCACUCCCCCACCAGAAACCACCACUGAUGUCGCUCCAAGCACCGAGCCGACGACUAUUCCAUGCAAGUGCCUUAUCAAAAUAACAAUUACUACUGGAACGCAAACCACAAGCAAAUGUGGACCAAAUUCUUGCACAUGCCCAUCUGGAUAUACUUUGUGUGGAUCCAACUGCUGCAAACGUUAG